AACUUCUGUGCAUUUCCGUCCGGUUAGGGAAGUUCGCUUUUUACUCCUUUUUCCCGCCGGAAAACCGCUUCAACCUCCGGACAACCUCUACUCUCUUCUCAACAAUGCUCAUCUUCCUCAUUUCCCCUUCUCCUUUAGCUUGGAUUGGUCGGAGAAUGGCGUUCGAUUUUCAAGUAGUUGGUCCAGUGACUCGGUUGUGUUGUUUGCUCUGUUCUUUGAGAAUGUGGUCACUCUCCUGCUCGUGGAAGGCUUGAUCCUUACUGUUCGUGGUCAUAACUACGACCUAAGUUUAUUUUUCUGGAUUUUGGAUUUUGUUCGUGGUUCUGUUCUUUCUUUUCUUCUCCGGUUGUUUGUUGUUCGGCGAAGUGAUCAUAGACGGAGACGUGUACGGAAUGAUUUCGGCAUGAGAUGUAUUCACAGGUGGGGAAGACGAAUCUGAAUGUUCUGGGAGUCCUAAAAUGGCGUAGCGUUAGAGUCUCUUAAAUGAAAAAGGAUUCAAUGAACGAAUGAAAUCUGAAACUGUUACUGUAAAAAAUAUGUUGGCGAGAAGCGGUGGAGAUGCUUUGAGAGCUUCGGUAUCACGUGGCAUGAAAUUUCAUGAUGAUGUAGAUUCAUUUUCUCGGUCAAAUGGUCCUUCUAAUGGGAAUAAUGACUUUUCAAAGGGAGAAGUGGAUAAGUUUCACUGCAGUGAUUUAGAAUGGAUCAAUAAGAUUCCAGAAUGUCCCGUGUAUCAACCCUCAAAAGAGGAAUUUGAGGAUCCUCUGGUUUAUUUGCAGAACAUUGCUCCGGAAGCCUCAAGAUAUGGCAUGUGCAAGAUAGUUUCUCCCUUUAGCGCUUCUGUCCCUGCUGGGAUUGUUUUAAUGAAGGAAAAAGUAGGGUUCAAAUUCACAACCAGAGUUCAACCACUUCGUCUUGCUGAGUGGGACACAGAUGAUAGAAUGACCUUCUAUAAGAGUGGCAGAAACUAUACCUUCCGUGAUUUUGAGAAAAUGGCAAACAAGGUUUUUGAGCGUAGAUAUUGUAGUUCUGGGUGCCUUCCUGCCAAAUACCUUGAGAAGGAAUUUUGGCAUGAAAUUACUGGUGGGAAAACAAAUACUGUAGAAUAUGCUUGUGACGUCGAUGGUACAGCAUUUUCAUCUUCUCCGAAUGAUGAGCUUGGGAAAAGUAAAUGGAAUUUGAAGAAACUUUCAUGGUUACCCAAGUCUGUCUUGCGUCUUUUAGAGAUGGUGAUUCCGGGAGUUACUGAGCCCAUGCUAUACAUUGGAAUGCUGUUUAGUAUAUUUGCCUGGCAUGUGGAGGAUCAUUUCCUGUAUAGUAUUAAUUAUCACCACUGUGGAGCAUCAAAAACUUGGUAUUGUAUUCCUGGUGAUGCAGCUUUAAGAUUUGAGAGUUUUGCUUUAGAGAAUGUGUACAGAGAUGAUAUCAUGUCAGCAGGUGGUGAGGAUGGAGCUUUUGGUAUCCUUUCGGAAAAAACAACAAUGUUUCCUCCAAAUAUUCUGCUGGAGCACGGUCUCCCUGUAUACACGGCUGUUCAAAAACCUGGAGAGUUCAUAAUUACCUUUCCAAGAGCGUACCAUGCUGGUUUUAGUCACGGCUUCAAUUGUGGUGAAGCUGUGAACUUUGCCGUUAGCAGUUGGUUUCCUUUGGGUGCACUGGCUAGCCAGCGUUAUGCCCUUCUCAAUAGAGUUCCCUUACUUCCUUACGAAGAACUUCUGUGUAAAGAAGCAAUGCUCCUCUACACGAGUUUAGAACUUGAAGAUUCCGAUCAUUCAUCCAUGGACUCGGUCUCUCACCAUUUCCUCAAGAUAUCUUUUGUGAGUUUGAUUCGCUUCCACCAUUGUGCUCGAUGGUUACUCGUUAAAUCUAGAGUGUGUAGGCGUAUUUCCACAAGGUCCCUUGGCACGAUCCUCUGCAGUUUAUGCAAACGCGACUGCUACAUUGGGUAUGUCAACUGCAGCUGUUAUGAGCAUCCUGCGUGCCUUCACCAUGAUUUUGAUUCUAUUAACUUUUCAUGUGGGAGAAAUUAUACACUGGUUUUGCGGGAGGACACUUCAGAAAUGGAAACUGCAGCCAGGAAGUUUGAAAAGGAAGGAGGAGUUUUGGAGGAAAUGCUUGAGCAAACCAAAAGUAAUCGGGACUUGUAUUCUUAUCCACUCUCAAAUUUGUUUCAGAAAGCGGAAGAAAAGGGUUACAGUGCUUACUGUCCACUGACAUUUCAGUUGAACCCCGGGCUCGAUGAAGUUGAUCAUAGUUAUUCACAAGAGAAAGAUAGUUUUUCAACUAAGCAAGCUUUGACAAGUGGUGCCGCUGAUAUAUUUAGAACUGAAAUGUCCAAGGCUUCAUGUUGUCCAAAGCCAAACAAUUCGGAGAAGAACUGCUCAGGAUCAGAUAUUCAACCUCCUGGGGAUCAAAAUGAUGAUGAUUCGGACACAGAGAUCUUUUGGGUUAAGCGUCGAUCAUUGAGGGUGAAAAAGAACAUCCUGAAUGAUAAUAGAAUAAAGAAGCCUUCUCAACAGGGUCUCAAAAGGCUGAAAAAACUCCAUCAACAUACUGGGUAUGGCCAAUUAAUGUCAUCAGUUUGUUGUAAAGCUGACAAGUCAAGUUCCAAAGUGUUUCCUACUAGUAAAGAUGAUAUCUUUGUAGAUAGAUCUACGAAAACAACCAUUCCCAUCUCUAUAAAGUUAAAGAGAUUCAGCAUUGAGGAAGCAAAGAGCAGACAACAAAUUGAGCGCCACAGGAAAGAAGUGUUCUGGCAUGAACAGGGAAAGGCCUCACCAAACCAACCUCUCCCUUCUGCUGAGUGUGGGCCAAAGCGCCUUAAAAUCAGAGGUCCAUCAUCAUACCUGGGGUCUCAAAGGUAGUGUCCAGCUAUCAGGUUAGUAAUUGAUCCGCCCCGGACCGGACUUUUUUACGCAUUAUUUUACUAGCAUAGUUCUUUCUGAUGGGGUUCUAACGAAAAGAAAAGAAUGAAAUAUAGUUCGCUCUUGGAGAGUUGAAUGUGUAUAAUAAUAAUUACUCCUUCAGGUGUCAUAUAUAGUUAGAUUAUUUCUUAAGGUCCUCAAACUGAGGUAUUUUUCGGCCUUCGGCUGGAGAACCUUCCUGCAAGGGUGAUGAUAUUAGGAGAUUGUGGAUAAUUGAUAAAUGUAGUUAGUAAGUUGAUAGUAAUGUUGUAAAUAUUAUGGCCAAAUUUUAUGAUGAUAAACAGGUACAUACCCUCUUUUACAUUGAAUAAAAUUGGUUCUAUGAUUCUCAUACUUUAAAAUGAA